UUUUCAAACAAACAAGAAAAGGUAAAAUAUAAAUUUUAAACAAAAUCAGUAAAUCACAAUAAAUUUCACAAAAUUUUUGACUGAAGUGGGAGAAGAAAGCUAAAGAGGAUAGAGUAGAACAUAGAACUAGUUCACAUGCAACUCAGAAACUCAGAACUGAAGCGAACCUCGUAGCUCUUAAAUUGUGUCAACAAUACGAAGAUGCCAUUGAUUCUUUGUCCAUGUAAGUCUCUCUGCUUUCCCAAUUGGACUUUACCUCUUAGCCAUGACACUGCUUUUCGCAACAAUUUCCAUAGAAACCCCAUGAAACUCCCAUAUACAGAACGCGAUAAAUUUUCAAUUUUGAGAGCUGCCCAUGUUGAAUUUUCCUCAAUCAGUGAGAAAUUUGAUGGCUUUUCUAGUAAUCAGUCAUCUCAAGAAGCUCUUGAUGGUGAAGGGACCCAAGACCAAGAGCAUGCUAAGCUUGAGUUGCGCAACAAGCCUUCACCAACUACUGCAAAAAAUGAGGUUGUUAGGGAAUCAGAGAGAGGUUCUACAGAAGAUGAAGCUUUGUCGCCAUUUUUGAAGUUUUUCAAAGAGAAUGGUUCUGUGGAGGAGAGAAAAGAAAAUGGUGGGCUGUUAGAAGUUUCCAAGGAAAGAGAUGAUAUGGUUGAUGAGAGUGAAGAAGCUAAGAAGGAUAAUGCUGAGUAUUAUGAACCAAAACCUGGGGAUUUUGUGAUAGGAGUUGUUGUUUCGGGUACUGAAAGCAAGCUCAAUGUCAAUGUGGGUGCAGAAUUACUAGGUACAAUGUUGACAAAGGAGGUGCUUCCCUUGAAUAGUAGAGAAAUGGAACACUUGCUAUUUGAUUUGGAAAAGGAUGAACAGAAUUUUAAUGUUCAGGGUAGGAUGGGAAUUCUGAAGAAUGAAGAUGCAAUCAAUGGGAUUCCGGUUGCACAGGUUGGAACUGUUGUGUUUGCUGAGGUUCUUGGUAGAACACUUACUGAUAGGGCUUUGCUUUCUAGCAGAAGGCUCUUCCGCCGCAUCGCCUGGCAUCGACUGAGGCAGAUAAAACAGUAUGGCGAACCUAUAGAGGUUAGAAUCACAGAGUGGAAUACCAGGGGACUGCUAACAAGGAUUGAGGGCUUGCGGGCUUUCCUACCUAAAGCUGAGCUUAUGAAAAGAGUAAAUAAUGUUAGCGAAUUAAAAGAAAAUGUGGGACGAUGUAUAUAUGUACAAAUUACUCAAGUAGAUGAAGACACAACCAAUUUGGUACUUAGUGAGAGGGAAGCUUGGGAAAAGCUAUACCUUCAAGAAGGAACACUUCUAGAAGGGACUGUGAACAAGAUCCUUCCUUAUGGAGCCCAAAUAAGGAUAGGAGAAACAAAUAGAUGUGGAUUGCUGCAUGUUUCAAAUAUCACUCGAGCCGAGAUUAGUUCUGUUAGUGACAUACUUUCUGUUGAUGAGAAGUUGAAAGUUCUGGUGGUGAAGUCAACGGCUCCUGAUAAAAUCUCCUUGAGCAUUGCAGAUCUUGAAAGUGAACCUGGCCUAUUUCUCUCAGAUAAACAGACAGUGUUUUUGGAGGCUGAUAUGAUGGCAAAGAAAUACAAAGAGAACAUACAUCACAAUCAUCAUAUCAUCCAAGAAUCAGAGCCCCUCCCAAAUAGUGUCUUACCUUUUGAGAAUGAAACACUUUAUGCCAACUGGAAGUGGGUCAGGUUUGAGAAAUAAUAAUGAAAACAAGCUCACCUUCAAAGAAAGCAUAGUUAUUGAUAGGCAUGCUCAAUCGUAUUAAUGAUGGACCUUAAGCAAGCACGCCAUUUUCAAUGGCAGUGUAACAGAGACACUUUUCCUUACAAGAAAGCAUCAUGGGCCCCAAUUGAAGAGGCUUAUGACGCAGCCCUUGAACCGCUUAAAUUUCUCCGAAUUUCUUGCCCUAGCUUUUCGGCUUAUCAUUUUAUGAUUUAUUUUUUCAAACCAUAUGUAAAUUUUGAUGAGUGUAAUUACAUUUGUAUACCAGAAAUGAUCGUGAUUGCAUUUAUUAAAUUUGAACAUUGAUGCUUCUUUGAUCAUAUUGAGCAGGUUAAAAUACCACUAGUAAUAAGUAACAACUAAUUAGUAAUUAGAGUUGGAAAAGACGUGAAAUCAAAACAAUGUAUAUCCAAAAACCUUUGUUUAUAAUUUUUAACUAUUUUCUCGACUGCACCCUUGCCACCGACAAAUACAUAUAUAGAAUUGGAAAUAAGACUCGAAAACUUCCAAACCCCGAAAGUACCAACCCUCAAUAAUCCAAAUCUGACCCAAACUUCCCCAGCAACAAAGACUCAACAAUGGACACAUCCUGUUCAAUAGCACCCGGACACAACCCUGACCUGACCUGACCUGACCUCAAGACUACGAUGCAUGAGGGGAACAUCCCAAAACGGCGGCAGAAAAAGGUCAACAACCUAACUUUUCAUGUCGCCUAGCAAGGAAAUGUGAAUCAAUGAUAUGAUUCAAGAAGAG